AUGGCUCCACCUGUUGUUAAGAAGAGCGUCAAAAAGGAGGAAACACCAUUGACCGCUGUUUUGAUCGCUGAUAUUUUCGAUCAGCGUUUCACUCCAGUUUUGCGGCAGAACGAGAGUAUUGUGAGUCUUGAUUACAAUUCUUUAAUUUCUUUUUCCUUCAAUUUUAAGAGCUUAUUGCCCAUUUGCAACGUUCCAGUUGUCGACUUUGCACUGUCAUGGUUACUAAGGACGGAAAUUGAAGAUAUUCUUCUCGUAUCUUCGCAAAGAACUGCCGAAAGCCUGAAGGAUGUUGAAAAGUGAGCUUUUAAGAAGGAUCAUAAAUAAAUUUUUACAGGAACUGGAAACCGUUUUUCCAAACUUUCUCGGUGAUUGGUUGCGAAGGAGCCCGAAGUGUUGGCGAUUGCUUGAGAGAAAUCCAUAAUCGCGAACUUUUGAAAGGUUCGAAAGAAAAUUUAUCUAUUUUUAUUUCUACUUUCAGGCGAUUUCUUGUUAAUUUCCAACCCGGCGACAGUAACGUCAUCGACAUUGGUUCGAGAAAUUUCCAACUUUAGGUUUUUCAAAAUAAAAUUUGAGGGCUUUAUAAAGUUCUGAUUUAAGGAAACGAAGAGCGGAGAACGUGGACAAUAUGAUGACUUUGGUCUAUGCGGCCUCAGAAAAUCGGGAUAAAUCCGUCGUUGGAAUUCAAAGAGAAACGGGAAAACUUUUGCUUUAUCACGCCGCAAAUAACGUUCGUCAGUUGGAAGUUGACAAGGUUCGGAAUAUUUGAAUUUAGAGGAGAAAGUAUGGAUUUUUGAGAAGUUUUUAAUUCAAUUUCUACAAAAACCGAAGAAAAUUAUUUGAGAGGCCAUAGGAGUUACAAAAAAAGAAAAAAAUAUGUUCUCUUCAUUUCCAAUUUUAUAAGUUUGAAAAUUUUGAAGCUCAAAAUGGAUGAUCAGAGUUGGCCACUUGCAAAAUAGGCAGACCAAAAAAGCAGCUCUAGAUUUGGCAGCGCCAAAAUAUGAACCGAAAUAAGCAGACCAAAAUAAAUUAAGCAGCGCCAAAAGCUGAACUGAAUUAAGCAGACCAAAAAAAGCAGAUUCAGAUUUGGCAGCGCUUAAGCUGAACCGAAUGAAGCAGACCAAAAACAAAAAAAAAGUCCAAAUUUGGCAGCGCUUAAGCUGAACCGAAUGAAGCAGACCAAAAACAAAAAAAAAAGUCCAAAUUUGGCAGCGCCAAAAAAGAACCGAAUCAAGCAGACCAAAAACAAAAUAAGCAGCGCCAAAAGAUGAACCGAAUUUAUUUAUUUAUUAUUUAUUUUCUUUCUUUAUUGCCAGAACAACGCAAAUAAUUAAGGUACAGAUAGAAAGGAAAUAAUAUAACAUUGGACAGACAACAAAGAUAAGAAGGUCAUAUGGUGCCCUAACGAGCAGCAUGGCGACCGUUCGCAAAAAAAGAGAAGAACAAAAAAAAAAAGAUAAACUAUAAAAGAAGAUUGGGGAUGUUGAUAAUAAGUUCGCAAACAUCUAUCCUAGAUAAUUUAUCUUUUAAAGUUUUGGGGUGGCACGAAAAAUUUAAUUUGGUUAUUAUAAUUUUCCAAAGAGUUAUAUGACGCGAAAAGAAGUUAUCUGAUAAUGAACCCCUAGUUUGUAACCCAAGUGGAUGUCUACCUAGCCGAGAGAUUUAGCAGACCAAAAACAAAAAAAAGUCCGAAUUUGGCGGCGCCUAAAGCUGAACCGAAUUAAGCAGACCAAAAAACAAAUUAAGCAGACCAAAAAAAAAUAAGCAGCGCCAAAAAAAGAACCGAAUUAAGCAGACCAAAAAAAAAAAGAAGCAGGCCAAAAAAAAAAUUAAGCAGCGCCAAAAGCUGAACCGUAUUAAGCAGACCAAAAAAGUAAACUGCAACUAGAAACAUUCAAAUUGAACAAAAUUCAAGUUUUCAAAUAAUAAAUAAAUGAUGUUUCCAUUCACGUUUUAAGGACCAUUUCUACAACGACGUCGAUAUCCGCCGUGAUCUUUUGGACUGCGGCUUGGCAUUUUGCACCCGGCUCGUUGCUACCCAAUUCAGGUUUUUCCGUUUUUUUAAUUUUUAUAAAAAAAUCUGUUAUUCAGUGAUAAUUUCGAUUUCCAACAACGAGACGACGUCGUUAGGGAGAUUCUCUCCAAAGAAGACAUUUUAGGCCUGAAUAUCCAUGUCGAUGUGUUGAAUUCCAAUGAAGCGGCUCUUUCGGCGACGUGAGUGAUUUUUUUCAAAUGUGCAACAAAGAUUUUUUUGAAGUAAAAUAUUGAGAUAAUAAUUUUUUUGAUUUUUCAGGGACUAUGACUCGUUCCUAACUUUGUCGAUCAUGUUGGUGGAACGGUGGUUUUACCCGAUUACGCCUGAUAAAGCGGUUGGUUUGAAUAAAAAGUUGGAAAUUUCUUAAAAAAGAAGUUAUCUGAUUUUUUUAUCUUUAAGUGAGAUGUUAAACUACUUUUUUUUUUUAAGGAAAAUGGAAAUUUGGAAUGUUUUGAGGUGUUUUUAGCCGAUUUACAAGUGUAAAAAUGGCUUCAAAAUUCGGUUUUAAUUAAAUGUUUUAAUGAUUUCGAUUCAUAUUAACGUGUCCAUUUAUUUCAAUUUAUGAGGAAGUUACAGAUUUCCACAAACCGGAGAACUUUUUUUCCUCAUGUGCCCAUAAUGUUUACCUCGAAGAGACUGAGGAGACGAUUGGACGUUUAUCAUCGAAAAUUGUGUAGGUUUUAUUGAAAUUUUCCAAUUUUCGAAAUGAAAGAAUGAUUCUAAAAUUUCAGUCCCGACUGCGCAGAAUUCAACGUAUCGAUUGGAAAAUUGUGUCAUUUCGGAUCCCAUUCGGUUGUUAGUAACUCUACGAUUGGAGAAACGACGUCGAUUGGUGGGUUUUUAACGAAAAACAGCACACUAUCAUGGUUUUACAUUCAAAAAAUUGGAUUUAACCCCAUCAUUUUGAAUUUAGGGCUCUGAAAAACUUGUUUUUCAAAAAAAUAAUUUCCUUUUUUUCUUUUUUUAAAAUCGAUUUUUCAGGGGAUAACACUUUGAUUUCUCGUUGCAUUAUUGGCGUGGGAUGCAAAAUCGGCGCCGAUUGUGUUAUCGAGGACGCCGUUAUUGGCGAUAAUGUCGUUAUUCCAGAUGGAGUUGUCCUGAAAUAUGAAGUUUUGAUCGGAAAUGAUGUGAGUUUUGUGGAAAAUAUGAAGGAAAAGUGUUUCUUCAGGUCAAAAUCCCCGAAAGCGAGGAAAGACCGCCACUCACCGCCGUUUGUUCCACGGCGGUCGAUGAAGACGAAUUCGAGAAGAUCGUUUCGAGACCCUCCCCCAAAUUUGGUUGGUUUUGGUGUUCUCACUAGCUUAUGGAAUAUUUCUAAUGUUUUUGUAAGAACAUUUGUGGAAAAAUUUAUGUUGUUUCUGGAAACUUCGAUUCGAUUUUUGGGAUCUUUCAAAUCAAAUCAAAUAAUUUAUUUUGUUGGUUUAGUCAUAGAUGUAUCGACUAGGCGGUGAACAAGAACUUUAAAAGCUAUAACGAACAACCGCCUUUGACUGAUUCUUUCAGAUAUGUUCUGAUUCUUUCAGAUAUGUUCUGAGGCAUUAGGGAAUUUUCUAUUAGAAUUUCUUGGGUUAAAAAAAAAUCCUUUGGUAAGGUUUAGUAAGGUACUAGGAUACCUUUUUUUUUUUCGAUUUUUUUCUAAAAUUUCGCCAGGACUUCUCACAAGGGAGGUAAUUUUACUUUGCGGUUGGGAAUUCCCUAAAAACCGACCAGAAAAUUUUUUUGAUGUACUAUUCUGGAAGUUUCAGCCUGCACAACUUCAUAGUUUUAGAGAAAUGAGCGCUCCAAGCCUCAAUAUGGCCUAUUUUCACGGAUUUUAGGGUUUUAUUUGACUUUAAGAUGUCAUUUCUUAAAAACUAGGAAGUUGUGUAGGUUGAGAUUUUCAGGAUCAUUUUUCUGGUACAUCAAGGAAUGUCCAGGCCAAUUCUCAGGAAAUUCCCAACCGCAAAGUAAAAAGACCGCCCCCGUAAACUCAUCUUCUAGUCUCCUUCGUUUUGAAUUAAGAUUCCUAGCCUCGUAUCUUUUUGUUCAAAAAUCGUAAAAGCCUAGUGACCAGCUUCGACUUAAGGGAGUGGAGAUUACAUUGCAAAAUAUUGUUUUAAAGAGAGAAAAUAUCUCAAAAAUUGUUUGAAACUGUAGAUGUUCACUACUGGAGUCUUCGGAAUGGAAAGAGUUUUUGGAGAAACGGCGCUCGUCUGAAAAGUUCGGAAGGAAGUGAUAACGAUGAUGAGGUCGGUUUGGACAUCGAAAAAUAGAAGGAAAGAAGAGUUUCAGUGCAACGACAGCGACUUGGAAGAGAGCGACGCCUUCUCAACUGGAAUCAAUGAUAGCACGAAGCAGUUCUACGAGGAGGUCCUGGAGAGCAUGGAGCGGAUUUUGUCCAUGGAAACUCAGUUGGUAAUGAAAAAAAAUGUAUUUCCUCUUCAAAAAGUUCCUAAUUCAGAUGCAAAACCUGAUUCUCGAGAUCAACUCGUCACGUCUGGCGUGCAACGUUUCCAUGGACGACGCGGCGCGAAACGUCUUCGCCGCCUUUUUGGUCCUUCCUGGCAAUGACCAACUCGCCCAGCUCCUCAAGGUCCCCUGAACCUUCUAACAUGAAAAAAUAGAGUUUUUAGCUCGUCCUCAAGUGGAAGCCUCUCUUCUUGAACUACUACAAGUCGACGGAGGAACAACUGGCGGCCAAAGCCCCGAGCCAAAGAAAGAUUGAGAUCGAACUGAAGAGAAAGUGCCAGAUUCAGAUGCUUCUCGCGGUUGAGGUAAAGGCUCACAGGGAAUGGCUAACUUUAAAAGGGCUUUUGGAUACUUAUUCCAAGGCUCUAGUUAACUUUAGGAUGAAAUUUAUGUGAUUUUUUCAAAAUUAUUAGCUGAAAGUUUUCCUCAACAAUAAUUUUGAUCCUGCCUAGAGCUUCAAAGAUGUGUUAGUUAUAAAAAAAAGCUUCAAGGUAUUGGAAGAAUUUUAAAAUAAAGAUUAAGUAGUUUACCUUUGUUCUAACGGAACUCAUUAAAGAUACCAUUUUUCGUAUCGUUUGAAGGAGUUUUAGAUUUCUAGGAUAACUAUGAAUAUUAAGCGGUUGCUCAAAAAAUGCGCCCGACCGUGAAACGGCUUACGCGAAAUAAAGCUAAUGUUCAAGGGCCAUUAAAAAGAUGUCUUCACUACUAUAGUGAUCUCUUAGGGACCAUCAAUGUUUGAUGAAAAGCUUGGAAUUUUUCCAACGAUAUUAACUUGUCAAAUAUUAAAUAAUGCUUGAAAUUAAAAUAUUUCCGUUUUUUUACCCAUUUUCGAGUCUUAUGUCUAUGAGCUCCCUUAAUCUAUUUACUUACUGCGAUUUUUCGACUUUUAUUUUGGAUUAUAACCUUUUAGGAUCGUUUCCAUCUUUCUUUAAUGAUUUUUUUGAACGGGAAAUUUUUUUAUUUUUGAACAUUUUAAAAAAAGGAACUUGUUCAAAAACCAUCUCAGAUUCUGAUAUGAUUCAUUUUAAAAGAUUUUUUUUUUCUAGUCGAUACGAAGUUUUAUAAAUAAAUAAACUGGUAAAACAUAUAUAGCAUGUCAAGGAUCAUAUGUCUUGAGCGGUCCAAAUGAGUUUGAGAGGGUUUGAAAAAUUUUCAAAGUUUGAGGUUUUCAAGCUUUUUCGAAGCACACCCAAACAUCAUUUCCAGGACAAGUACGACCGGGAAAGAGCCGAAUUCGGGCCGAAAGUCCCGAAACUCGUGCAUUUCCUCUACAAUGAUGCGGAUGUCCUGGACGAGGAGGCCAUUUUGGAAUGGGCCAAUACCAUCGCCGCUGUUCGUUUUUCAUGCCUCCUUUGUUAAAAUUAAUAUUUUCAAAAUUUAUUAAGGGAAUACUAAAUUUGAGCUUGAAUAGAAUUGAAAAAAAACUGUUGGAAGUGUUAAAUGUUAGAAACAGGAAAAAAAAGCGGUCAUGAAGUUUUGAAAAAUCUUUUUGGAACUUAAUUCAAGGCUCCAGUUUUCAUUAAAUAUACAUUUUCGUUAAGUUUAGAGGUUUUUUUAUAGAAUUUAUAUAUUUCUGGGAUGACUAGGAAUAUCCUUUAUUUUUUUACUGAAAUUUAUCCGAAAAUAAAUUUUUAGAUCAAAAAAAUUUUAUAACUUUUUCCUCUGUUGCGGUGGAUAUUUGAAGUCAUUUUGUUUUUUUCAAAGUAGAUCAGGAAAAAAAGUUUUUGAAUAAUUUAAAUAUUAAAUAACUUAUUCAUAAUCAACUAGAAGUCGCUCGAAAAUUAAUUUUUAUGUGAUUUUUUUCAAAAUGAUUAGCUGGAACUGAUUUUUUUCCUUAACAAUCAUUUUUGAUCCUGCCUAUAAGUUUUUCAGAGGUUAAAUGAUUAGUUAGUUAUUUAAAAAAAGUUCCAAAGGGGUUGAAAGAAUUCAAAAAAAUGAAGAUUAAGGUGUUUACCUUUGUUCUAAAGCCACCUAGCUACAUCAAAGUUGAAUUUUCCAGGAUUCGCCGUUGAAAAAUUUGAUGCAACCGAUCGUCGAUUGGCUCCAAGCUGAAGACGAUGACGACGACGACGAUGAAUAA